AUGUCGUGCUAGACCAAGUAUCCUGAAAACGCUCAACGGGGUGAGGAGUAUUGUGGGGAAAAUAAUGCUCUCAGAUCUGAGUACCAAGAUAGUCUUGAAGAUGGGGACGCACCGCCUGAUGACCAGAAACGUGCCCUCUGGAAUUCCAACUUGAUAGGUGCGAAUGUUCCGGACUCACAAAGACCCACUCACUCUAAUCCAAUAAUCUUGCCUAGGAAAAAUGACACAUCAUAUCAUCAAUUUUGUCAAUUACUUCGCAGCCAAUAUCCCAUAAUCGACGGUGCAGACGGCGAUAUGGAUAUUGCAUUCACUAUGGUGGUUCACAGGGAUAUCAAGCAAAUAGCAAGACUUCUUCGAAUGAUCUAUCGUGGAAACAACUACUAUUGCAUUCAUACU